AUGAUUCAGCCGUCUCAACACAGACAGUUCUCUGAUACUCUGGAUAAAACUAACGAUGCUAAUUCAACGGCUGCCCAUUUUAACCUAAUCCGUGAGUCCGCUGCCUAUCAAGAAGUUGAGCGUGAAGCGGGGAAGGAUCUAGAGGCCUUGCAAGAUGUUGAUUCAACGCCCGCACUUAUAUUUGAUCGACGACUGCCCGAUGAAAAGAGGAUCAAAAUCUUGGGAGAGCUUCUUCAGUCAACUUUGCUGGCCUCCGAACAUCGCGGAGGGUACCAACUCGAAAACCUGAACAAACUGUGCAUGGAAUUUGAGUAGGUCAUGUUAAUUUUUUAUUGUCUUGUUUUAGAGAAGACACGGGUCUGCACUUGGACUUGAUUUUGCAUAACUUUGGAUUUCCGAGUAUGAAGGCUUUCAUCCAAUCUAACGCAAUGGCUCCGUAUACUCACAUUCUGAAGAACAGUGAGGGCGAAACAAUUGUUAAAGGUAAACAAACGGGUAAUCCCCUAUUGGGGAAAUUGAUGAACGAUCAACUUAUUGCUGGACAGUCGGCGAAAAAGAAGGAAUUGCAAGAGCAAAACGAAUAUGCGACAAGAAUUCAGUUAGCUUUGAGAGAUCCUAAAGUCUUGAAGGUAUGUAAUAUAGGGCCGGUUUACUCUGGUUUAGCACAAGCUGAUGAUGCUGGAAGUCAUUCAAGAGCUUGGAGGUGAUCGGACUCCAAUCGAAUAUGGAAAAGUUCAGACUCGCUUCAAGGAAAAGUUCCAGAUUGAGUUGAAUAAGAAGGCACGUACUUGUCGACAGUGAAUUAUUUUUUAUAGAAUUGCAAAGAGAUGUUCAAUGUCGGACAUGCCAAGAAUAUGCUUUCUGAUGUCUUUAACGGUGAUCUUCGCGUAGUUGAGUCUUCAGAUUCUUCGGGAAUGCUCUUUGUGAAGUUAUAUGAUCCCUUCGAAGGUGCGUGGAUAUUAUCUUAAAGAUUUAUUUGUAGUGCUCAAACAGAAAUACGAGGAGCUUCGAAAGAUGCAAGAUGAAUUAGGAGAAGGGGAGGCUGAAAGGUGUGCCGCCGAGGAGGAUAAGAUUGACAAUCCUCGGAAGUAUAGGAUCAAAGGGGAAAAGAAGGUAACCGCCUCAUACAGGGUGGGGCAUCUUUGUGGCCCGAUUUGAAUUGACUAUAACUUCUUUAGUUUUUGGCCAAAUUUUAAAAUUCUUUUUUUCCCUGAAUCGUUAGCCAACCCCAUUUUGUUUGAUACCAAAUAUGUUAUACAUAGUAAUUGUAUAUCUACAGUUAUUGGAUUUAUUCUUAGAGUUCAUUUUUUCGGUCGUUUUUCGGUUGUUUUUUCGGUCUUUCCCGGUGUGUCCGAAAAUGGAGUCCGGUGUGGAAGGAAAGGCUUGGUCUGUCGUUUGGUAUAGCAAGUACGGUUCGGCGAUAAAUUUUCAAACGGGGAUACCGCAUAAAAUACGGACGUAAUGCCUAACCUCCAGAUCGCAAGACAAUUCGACGUUCGUGGAAUAAGUUUCUUGAGACUGGUAGCGUUAAAAGGAAACAAAAAAAGCAGGAAAGAUGAGUACGAUGAGUACGAACGGAGCUGAAAAUUUAAGAAGUUUUGUCAAAAUUCCGAGAAAAUCCGCAUAUGAGUACACGAAGUUUGGCCAGAACCGAGGGAAUGCCUUCAGCAAGGACCAUUCGACGAACUCUGGAAGUUGAUCUUCACUUUUUGUUCUUAUUCUCAUCGUCGAUUUUCGGGAGGGUAAAUUCCGCCGUAUUUUUCUUCCGCACCGUACUCCAUUUCUGGACACACCGGGAAAGACCGAAAAAACAACCGAAAAACGACCGAAAAAAUGAACUCCAAGAAUAAAUCCAAUAACUGUAAAUAUACACUUACUAUGUAUAACAUAUUUGGUAUCAAACAAAAUGGGGUUGGCUGACGAUUCAGGGAAAAAAAGAAUUUUAAAAUUUGGCCAAAAACUAAAGAAGUUAUAGCCAAUUCAAAUCGGGCCACAAAGAUGCCCCACCCUGUACUUUUUAUUGGGGUAUUUUUUUUUCUUUAGGAAAAGAAAGUGGUUGAUAUCCCCACUCACGACUUUAUGAAACCUUCAAAAAUUACACCAAUGGAAGUAAAGAAAAUCACCCAAAAUGCUCAAGAACCGGCUAAGGAGGUGUUUGAGACCACCGAGAAUGUGACUGUUUCGAAAAAGACUUAUAAAAGAGAUGGGAAAUACUCGGCUCCUGCCGUGGGGCAGGAUUAUUCUGAUGAUGAAGAAGACGAUGAAGACGAGGAGGAAGAAAUGGAAGAUUCUGAUGAUUCCGAUCAACUUGCUGAAAGUUACACAUAUAAACCAAAACCGGAGGUAAGAGAAGUGAUAGUGAAUUCGAAAUGGGGAAAUUGAAUAACUUUAAUUUACGUUAGGCUCGAGUUGAGCUAGCUGAAGGUGGGGAUCUGGAUGAUGCAUUUGGAAAUGACGAUGAAAGUGACAAUGAACAAGAAAGGACCGUAGUAAAUAGUUCCGAUGUUUCAACGACUAGCACAAUUGUUGAAAAGACGUAUAUAAAGGAGACGAAGACAGAAGCCGUUCUCCAAUCAAAAGUACCAGAAACUUCCGCAUCCUCAAGCUCUACGUCGUCACCCGAGAUUAUAGAUCUUCCAAAAGAAAGCCCUGAAUAUAAUGUUUCCAAUCAUGAAGUUAAACGUCCAGAAUCGAUUCCCAGUACAUCAUCAUUGGAGGUCGGGUAUAAAAAUAGCAAAUUGAGUGUUGAUGGCAGAUCACAACCUCAAUCCCCAAAUCCAAUUUCAGCGAGAUCUCAGGGAAGUCGAACUUCAAGUACAUCUUCUGAAAAGAGGAAUGAAGAGUAUCUGGUGAAGGGAGUUGGAGUGAGGAAUAAAGUUGCUGAGGUAUGUGUAAUGUUGUAGCUACCAUGAAAUUUCAUUCAGUAUGAGAUCUUUAUGUUCAUCAAAGGACUGAUUGCCGGCGUUUACCCGAACCCAAUGCAUACGGAGCUUGUGAUGGAGAAACUUCUUCAAUUCAUGCCACAGAAUCCUUACGUACAUGAUGUGGAGAUACUCGAAAGAAUAAAAAAGUUACCUUUUUUACAAGUCAUUAAUGAUAAGGUGAGAUAUUUAACACACUUUAUUAUACCUUUACAGUUCCUUCUGCUUCUUCUGCCCGACUCCAAAUGA